AUGGCUCCCUGUUCCCAGCUGGACUCCUGCCUGCUUGGGAGUCCCCUUGGCCUGAUAUGUCUUUCCCUUUCGCUCCUUCCUGCUGCAGCUGGAACCAACUGUGACUGCAACCUCGGCCUCAGCCAUGAGGCUCUCAUUGCCCUGAUCGUGGUGCUGGCAGGCAUCAGUGCCAGCUGCUUCUGUGCCCUUGUCAUCGUGACAGUUGGCAUCUUUCAAGCCAAGGGUGAACCGUGCUCUCCAAACCAGAACAGGAUGGAGGGCAACUUUGGGGUCCAGGAAGAUCACACAGACCUGCCCACUGUGCAAGUGGAGUCCCAUCUCAUGGACCCCGAGCUGGAAGUGUCUGAGAUGCCAUCCGUGGAAGAGCAAGACCUGAUGACCACAGAAUCCAUGGCUACCUCUGAGGUGUCGAGUGACCUGCCGCCCCCACCUCCACCUCCACCACCACCACCACCUCAGUAGGGCUUUGGGCAAUGGGAGGGGGGGGUUGGAUUAAAUACUAUUUAGUGGUUCUGCGAGGUCCUCUCUGCCAGCAGCAUCAAGGGCUGGGGGAGCCUGCCAGGCCCUGGAUCUGCACAACAGAAGCCUGCUGUCCACACUCCUAGGGAGGAAGCCACUGUAUGGUAUGUGUGUGUCUCCUUUCUGACCUUGGUCCAACUGCUGCUGUGCUGGAGGACACUCUGUCUUUGUUCUGGGCCCUGCCUGUCCCACUGCCACUCCCCUGAAAUGGAGGAGAUUCCAGAGGAAACCGAUUUGACAACCACGCCUCUAUUUCACCUUGAGUUACCCUUAGAGGACACAGCAGACUACUCUGCCUGCUCUGUCCCAGGGGCACCCAUACAUAGUCUGUAGCCUGGAUCAUCCAUCACCCAAAGACAGAGGGAACUGUCACUA